AGGCAUCCACUAGGGAUCUUGGAAACUAUCUCCUGAAGACAAGAGAGCAGGGGGACUACUCUGAAAGAAACUGAACACAAUUUCCACACUUAUAGUCUGGAAAAGAAACCACAAAGGAUAUUUGAAAACCAUGUGAUGUGCAACUUCAAGAGACUGCCAGUAUUCAUCUGGAACAAAGCUUGUUUGCACUAAAAAGCAGUUUAAUAUUCGUAAAGCUAUGGUGAACAAGACCAGAUGAAUAUUCUCUCCAAGAAGAUCUGAAAAACAGAACAAAACAGUUUUAUCUUCUCGUGGGAGCGGUUCUGGAGACCACGCAAAGUGAGGCUGGCAUCUUCGCGUCCCCGCUCCAUUCCGCACUUGCUUAGAAGGCCUCCUCAUCCCCGGCCGCCACCUUCCUGGGGCGGAAGAAAGCUGCAGGAGCGCGCUGCUCGUCCAUCCACUAAGUUUGGCUUCUGCGAGCAGCCGUCGCUCGCAAGCCCGGAAGUAACUGGGAACUGGCAACUUUGUCUCUACCACCCCAAGAGGUGGCUCGCCUGCGGUGUUCUUUCGCUGUUUGCGAACCGAGAUUUGAAGAGAUUUCCUGGAUGUGGAGUGUGGCUUUCCAAAACCACUUUUUCCUUGUGCUGUAUUUCUUGCAACAAUGUUUAGGAGAUUGACUUUUUCACACCUGCUUUUUACCACUAUCCUUGGGAUUGCUGGAGGAGUAUAUAUUUUUCAACCAGUAUUUGAACAGUAUGCCAAAGAUCAGAAGGAAUUAAAGGUGCAGUUGGUACAAGAAUCAGAAGAGAAGAAAAGUUAAUACUACAUGGAGUUAGGCCAGGCGCGGUGGCUCACUCCUGUAAUCCCAGCACUUUGGGAGGCCGAGGCGGGUGGAUCACGAGGUCGGGAGUUCAAGACCUGCCUGACCAACAUGGUGAAACCCUGUCUCUACUAAAAAUAUGAAAAUCAGCCGGGCUUGGUGGUGUGCACUGUAAUCCCAGCUACUCGGGCAGCUGAGGCAGGAGAAUCACUUGAACCUGGGAGAUGGAGGUGGCACUGAGUUGAGAUCACACUGCUGCACUCCAGCCUGGGCGACCCAGUGAGACUCCAUCUCAACAAAAAGAAAACAAAUACUUCAUGAAGUUGAACCGUAAUAAUUGCUUAAAGUUCCAUUGUAAUUAUUUUAACUUUAAUCUAGCAAAAACAUAGAUGUAUUUAAAAAUAAAUCAUGGAUAAUGAUUUUUUAACCUAA